CCUGGAUUCACUUCACUCCUUCGUGGAACAGCCACUGGCGACGAUUCUGAGGAUGAAGGUGGCGAAUCAGGUGCUGACAGACAUUCAAAGGAGAGAAAGUCCGGUCGCGUACAGAGCAACGCUCUCGAGUCGAGGCUUCACGGCGAGAGCUAUGAUAGCGACGAAGUUGCUGGGAACGACCAGGAAGGAAGUCAGCAAAGCCACAAUCAUAGCCACCGACACCACCAGCACCAUGGCAAGGGGCCCAGCUUGCAUCAUGAUUCCGAGGCGGUGCAUCACCAUCCACGACACAGGGAGCACAACCGGCUGCUGCAGCAGGAAGAUGCCAAGGAAUUGAAGCUGUCGGCGACCCAGUACGACUUUGCUAUCUGUCGGCUACAGCCAAAUACAGCCAUCGCGAAGGAGCUUCAGCAGCCAGUGCACGGAUUAAUCAGCCUGUGGCAACAGAAAGGCGGCCGUGAUCUCAACGUGCACGUCCACGUGAUGGGGCUCAGAGUGAACGACAGCGCCCGCGAUCACCGUGCCUUCAUGCAUGGCAUGCAUGUGCAUCAGCUGGGAAACCUGAGCGACAGCUGUCAAUCAACCGGGCCUCACUUCAACCCUACCAACACCACGCACGGAGAUCGCAGAUCGACCGUGAGGCACGUUGGGGAUUUCGGGAACAUUGCCUGUGACAAGCAUGGCGAGAGCAACGUCAUCUUCACUGACACAGUAGCAUCGCUCACUGGCCCUCACUCCAUUGUGGGUCGUUCGAUCAACAUUCACGCUCGCAUGGACGAUCUCGGAAGGAACCCGGACAACCCCGCCAGCGUGUCGUCCGGAGAUGCUGGGCCCCGGAUCGCCUGUUGUGUGGUCGAGAAAGUGGACAAGUUGCCGCAGUUGAGCAGCAAGACCGCUCGACGAAUCCUGCGCGACAUCAUGCAGCCGUUCAGCGACUUCGAGAGCGAGUGAAAAGUGCCCACUUGAACUAUGCGGUGAUGGGCACGUGGGACCGAGCGUGGGGCGCCCGAGAGGCUGAUUUGUUGCCUCAUUUUUUUAUAUUACCUCAUUUUGACUGCAUGCAAAUAUCUUGCAAUGCAUCCUUCACUUAUUCUAUGAACGACGCAAAAAGUGACACUGCGUUUUCCGCGUAUGGCCGGUGUAACAAAGCCGUUACGCAUCGUGUCACGUUUACCCCGAUCGCCUUAGUUGCGCAGAGCCCUCAAAAGCGAAGGAAGCGUCGACGACACGAGGUCGCCAUGUCGUUUGUCCUCUCAUAAAUAUUACGGGUGGCGAAGGUCAGACAGCCUUGAAAAUUGUACGUUGGUUUGAGAAACCUACCAUUGAAACGGCCAAGGAAGAAGAGCCGAUAGUCUAGGUAAGGUUUUAUGCGAGGCUGAGGCUUUUAAUUUGUGCAACCUGCUAACUAUUCGCUGUAUCAGUUACUUUUUUUGUUGCUUUGAAGCAGUCUAGACGUCACGUCAGGCCCACCAAAAUUGUGAGCUACAGUACAUGCAUCCUUUUCCAGUAAAUUCUACUAGCGAAGAAGAAGAUGAUGGGGACGAACAUUAUGCAUUUUCUACAUAUUAGCCACGCUUAAUUGUCUCAAAGGUGACGUUGUGUUAGUUUAACAAAUACCGCAUCUCUUGCUCGUGUCUCGGUAGCAUACGACGCGAUUAUAUUGGUACAUUCUCUCGUUUAACAAGGAAAGGUGCCCAUAUGUACUGUGCAAGAUCAGCGCUUAAUCAUCAGUGGUUUUCAAAUAUCGGGUUGUAUACUUACCAACAAAACCGGUAGAAAUAAUUUUAUCUAAGCGUAAACGAAAUCAAAUAGGACUGUUUUCAUAUGAACCACCGUUAUAAAGUCAUUUUUUCCCCUUUAUAUUUGGCGUGUGCCUAGUUCUAGACGUAAUGCCGUAUCCGUAUGCAAGUAAUAAAUAUAUUUCUGUGCUGUGCAACAUUCGUUCGUCGUUAUUUUCAGCGCUGCAUAGAGAAGGUGCCAGUAAUUCAUUGUGGUCGCAUCCUUCGACAGCUGCCAUAUCCAUGUUCUGGUGUACAGUGCUCAAAUAGUGAAACUCUAUACUCGAAGCGCAUGGCGGCGGACGCUUCUUGCACCUCUGGUGAACAUUGUAUGAGUGCUCGAGGCCCUGAUGCACUCACAAUGCGUCGCAAAGGCUCUCGCUCUCGUCGUAUACCACAGUGCACCAGAUCGACGUCCCCAGAACACACAGGUGGCGCAAAAAGCACCGGCUGGCACUUGCUACGAGUCUCGAAUUUGAAUCUCUCUGACUUAUGUAUUCGAAGCCUCAGAAAUAAAGCGCGGUUCAUAUUGUUUU